AUGGUCUGGAGUUCAAUUAUAUAUAGCGAAGAGAAUAGUCUCAUAGAGGAAAUGGGAGGAAAGUAUUUAAAUAUGAAAUUAGAAUAUGAAAUAAAAAUGAAUUAUAAUAGAAUUAGAUAAAUGUGUAUUAUUUCAGAGAAUUAAAAUUUUCAUAUUUAAAGGUAAUGAAGUAUAUUUAAUAUUAAUAGAAAAUAUAUAAUAAUAGAAAAUAUAUAAUAAUAAUAAUAUAUAAUAUAUAAUAAUAAUAAUCUAACAACUUAAUUGAGAAAGUAUAUAAUAGAGAAAUUAAAGAGAGCAAGAAAGCAUAAGAAUGAUGGAAUCAUUAUAAAAGUAUUAAUUAUAAAUAGUAGAGCAUAGUGAAUAAAGGAUAAGAUGAAAUAAGUAUGUAAAUGAGAAUAGAGGAGAUAAUUAGAUAAAGAAGUUACAGAAUCUAAUUUAGAGAGGCGGUUGGAUAAUUAAAUUAGUGAGUUGAGUGAUUUUGUAGAUGGAAAAUAAAUAGAAAUGUUGGUGGAGAUUGGAUGUGAUUUUAUGAUAAAAAAUUAUUUUGUGAUUGUUUUAAGG